AUGACGGACCAUCUUGCUAUUAUUGCGUCCGAGUUAGGGGACGCAACAGAUUUCGAGGUUGAUGGCAUCGACAACCUCAGCGAGAAUGAUGUCAGUGACGAGGAGAUUGAUGCUGAAGAGCUUGCCCGGCGAAUGUGGAAAGACAAGGUCAAGCUCAAGAGGAUCAGGGAGAGGCAGCAGAAGCUUGCUUUGCAGCGGUUGGAGCUGGAGAAGUCCAAGACAAAGAAGAUUUCAGAUCAAGCUCUCCGGAAGAAGAUGACGAGGGCUCAGGAUGGGAUUCUGAAGUACAUGCUCAAGCUGAUGGAGGUGUGCAAUGCACGGGGGUUCGUGUACGGGAUUAUUCCUGAGAAAGGGAAGCCUGUUAGUGGUGCAUCGGAUAACAUUAGGGCCUGGUGGAAGGAGAAGGUGAAGUUUGAUAAGAAUGGGCCAGCAGAGAUUGUAAAAUACGAGGUUGAGCACUCGAUGCUGAGUAAUCCUAAGAGCAGUGGAGCCAUGAACCAGCAUAGCCUGAUGGACCUCCAAGAUGGCACUCUGGGUUCAUUACUUUCAGCGUUGAUGCAACACUGCAGCCCACAGCAGCGAAGCUAUCCAUUGGAUAAGGGUGUCCCGCCCCCUUGGUGGCCAUCAGGGAAUGAGCCAUGGUGGCCUGCGUUGGGCCUUCCAAAGGGAGAAGCGCCUCCGUACAGGAAACCACAUGAUCUGAAGAAGGUUUGGAAAGUUGGUGUUCUGACGGGUGUGAUCAAGCACAUGGCCCCAAACUUCGAUAAGAUCAGAAAUCGUGUAAGGAAAUCAAAGUGUCUGCAGGACAAAAUGACUGCAAAAGAGAGCCUCAUUUGGCUUGGUGUUUUACAACGUGAGGAGAAGUCUAUUCACAGUUUUGGCAGUGCUGUACUACCGAUUGCCCAGCAUAGUACUUCAGAGGACAGAACUGAGGGCAUAUAUAGCAGCAGUGACGAGUAUGAUGUCGACCGCCUGGAGCAGCCUCCUCGUUCUACAUCAUCCAAAGAUGAUGAGGGAGAUGCUCAGCCUGUUUUGCAGAUUAGAGGAAAGCAGACCUCAACUAGAGUGCCUAAGAGAAAGCGUCAGGAUAAACCCUCCAACCAACUAGCUAUUAGCAAGGAAGAAACGACUAAACCUAAAUCUCGACAGCAGAGAAGGCCCUCAGCCCGUCCUCCAGUUGCUGAGGUUGAGGUUGAAGUGACACAAAGAAAUGACAAUCAGCCAGAAGUAGUGUGCAAAGCAGCUGAUAAUAUGGACUUUAUUGACCCGAUUGAUGUGUUGGGCAUGACUAACCAGCCAACGAGCCCUAACCAUGCCCCUACAAUUGGAGCUUUGCAGCAGCACGGAGAUUGUCAAGGGAAUUUUCUAUCUCCUGGUGCUGUGAUCAACAACUACAACAGCAACCAGGCUGCAAGUGCUGCUCAAUCAAGCACUUAUCUGGGCGACCAUCCCCUGGCUUGUGAAGGCAGUGAUAUUGCCAAUUCAUGGUCUGGACACUCCUUUCGGCAGGAUAUUGGUCUUGGGCCUAUUGGUUUUAAUCCUUCACCAGUUGUUCAUCAGGGUUUGGCAAUGCAGCAGCCACUACCACUGCCUAUGGAUCACCAAGCGCCUAUCAUGGGGACAGGUGCUCUCGCCGCGAAUGGUUCUUACAGUCUCCCGACGGCAGGCAGUGGGAAUUCUGGGACAAUCGUUGGUGAGACCCACCAGCAGCUCAUGGACGAUCCUUUCUUCGGCGAUGCCGGAGACAGCACUUUUGGUGGAAUUCCUUUCAGCCUCGUUCCUUUCAGUAGUCCGAUGCUCAACUUUGAUGACUUGGUGGACGACGAGGACUUGAUGCCGUACCUGGGCACAUGA